AUGAGGAAGCAGGAGGUGUGGCCGGGUGGGGAGGCUGGCCAGGGGCACGGUGCCAGCUCCCCAGCGGUGCAGGUGAAAGCUCUCAUGGACCUGCUGGCCGGGAAGGGCAGUCAGGGCGCGCAGACCCCCUGCAGGACGCCAGAUGCUGCACCACGGGCCCACGACUCUAGGAUCCAGAGGCACCGCGAGGCCCUGCUGAGCAGGGUGGGCAGCAGCCCGGAACCAGGGGCCAUCGGGGCCAGGCUGCAGCUGGUGGAGGGCCUGACGGACCUGCAGCUCAAGGAACAUGACUUCACGCAGGUGGAGGCCACCCGCGGGCACUGGCAUGUGGCCAGGCCCCUCCCCCUUGACAGGCUCUUCCUACCCCUGUCGAGAGUGUCCAUCCCACCCCGCGUCUCUGUCACCAUUGGGGUGGCUGGCGUGGGUAAGACCACUUUGGUGAGGGAAUUUGUCCGCCUCUGGGCUCAGGGGCAGGUGGGCAGGGACUUCUCCCUGGUGCUGCCCGUGACUUUCCGGGACCUGAACACACAUGACAAGCUGUCCGCAGACAGACUGGCUCGCCUGGCCUUCCUGCAGGCCGGGGAGCUGGGCCCUGUCCCCUCCCUGUCCAGGACCCUGCUCAUCCUGGAUGGUCUGGACGAAUGCAGGGCCCCACUAGACUUCGCCGACACUGCGACCUGCACUGACUCCAGGAAGGAGCUCCAGGUGGACCAUCUUGUCACCAACAUCAUCCGGGGCAACCUCUUCCCGGAGGUCUCCAUCUGGGUCACCUCCCGCCCUGGCACGGCGGGCCAGAUCCCGGGGGGCCUGGUGGACCGGUUGACAGAGAUCCGGGGCCUGAAUGAGGCGGAGAUCACCGCGUGUCUGGAGCGAAUGUUCUCUGAGGCCCCGGCCCUGGCCGCCUGGGUCCUGAGCCAGGUGCAGGCCAACCGGGCGCUCUACCUCCUGUGCACCGUUCCGGCCUUCUGCCACCUGGUGGGCUCGGCCCUGGGCCACGUGGGCCGCCACAGGCGAGGGCCCCAGGACACUGAGCUGCAGCCCCCCAGAGGCCUAUGUGAGCUCUACUCCUGCUACUUCAGGAUGGCCCUUGGCGGGGAGAGGGCAGACAAGGGCAGCCUGAGCCCUCGCCCUGAGCAGGUGGCCCCUGGCUGCCGCAAGCUGGUGAGCACGCUGGGCCGGCUGGCCUUCCACGGGCUGCUCAGGAAGAAAAGCGUGUUCUACGAGAUGGACCUCAAGGCAUUCGGCGUGGACCUGGCGCUGCUCCCCAGCCGUCUGGGAAGCUGCUUCCUGCAGCAUGAGGGCGCGGUGUAUAGCUUCACCCACCUCUCGCUGCAGGAGUUCAUGGCAGCCGCCUACUACUGCAGCGCAUCCAAGAGGGCUGUCUUCGACCUCUUCACCGAGGGCAGCAUGUCCUGGCCCCGACUCGGCUUCCUCGCGCACUUCCGGAACGCGGCCCACCGGGCCAUGCAGGCCGAGGAUGGGCGGCUGGACGUGUUCCUGCGCUUCCUGUCUGGCCUCCUGUCCCCCAGGGUCAACGCCCUGCUGGCAGGGUCCCUGCUGGCCCAGGGUGAGCACCAGGGCUACUGGGCACAGGCCGCCGAGCUCCUGCAGGGCUGCCUGCGGCCCGGCGUGGCGGUCAGUGCCCGUGAGGUCAACGUGGUGCAGUGCCUGCAGGAGCUGCAGCACACCGAGCUAUUCUGCAGCGUGGAGGCCGCCCUGGAGGGCGGGGGCCUGGCCGCUCUCACCACGCCCGCGCACCGCGCAGCCCUGGCCUACGCCCUGCAGGUGUCCGACGCCCGCGCCCAGGACACCGACCUGCCCCUGCGCCUGAGCCAGGGGGUCCUCCAGAGCCUGCUGCCCCAGCUGCUCUACUGCCGGAGCCUGAGGCUGGACGCCAACCAGUUCCAGGAGCCGGUGACAGAGCUGCUGGGCAGUGUUCUGAGCAGGAAGGACUGCCACAUUGGGAGGCUCAGCCUGGCGGAGAACCAGAUCAGGAGCAAAGGGGCCAGAGCCCUGGCCAGAUCCCUGCUGGUCAACAGAAGCCUGACCGCUCUGGACCUCCGUAGCAACUCCAUUGGGCCUCCGGGGGCCAAGGCGCUGGCUGAUGCCCUGAAGAUCAACCGGACUCUGACUUCUCUGAGCCUCCAGAGCAACAUGGUCGGUGAUGACGGGGCCAAGUACCUGGCCGAGGCCCUGGCCGCCAACCGGACUCUCUCCACGCUGCACCUACAGAACAACAACAUCGGGCCCACAGGAGCCCAGCACAUGGCAGCCGCCCUGAAACACAACAGGAGCCUCAAGGAGCUCAUGUUUUCCAGUAACGGCAUUGGCGAUGGAGGCGCCAGGGCGCUGGCUGAGGCCCUGCAGGAGAAUCAGAGUCUGGGAAGCCUGGGCCUGCAGAGCAAUUCCAUCAGUGACUCAGGGGUGUCGGCGCUGACCCGGGCCCUUUGCACCAACCAGACCCUCCUCAGCCUCAACCUUCGAGAAAACUCCAUCAGCUCCGAGGGAGCCCUGGCACUGGCGCAGGCGCUCCGUGGCAACAGCAGCCUGAGGGAGCUGGACCUGACAGCCAACCUCCUGCAUGACCAGGGCGCCCAGGCCAUCGCGGGGGCAAUGCGGGAGAACCGCGCGCUCACGUCCCUCCACCUGCAGUGGAACUUCCUCCAGGCCGGCGCUGCCCAGGCGCUGGGCCAGGCACUGCAGCUCAACAGGAGCCUGGCCAGUCUGCAUUUACAGGAGAACACCAUUGGGGAUGAAGGGGCCUCGGCGGUGGCAGGUGCCCUGAAGGUGAACACGGCCCUGACUGCACUCUAUCUCCAGGUGACGUCCAUCGGUGCCCUGGGGGCCCAGGCACUCGGGGAGGCCUUGACCAUGAACAGAACCCUGGAGAUUCUCGACUUAAGAGGAAACGUUAUCGGUGUGGCGGGAGCAAAGGCCCUGGCAAGCGCUCUCAAGGUCAACACAAGUCUGCGGAGGCUCAGCCUUCAAGAAAAUUCCCUGGGGAUGGAAGAGGUGCUCUGUGUGGCCACUGCGCUGGCAAGUAACCGUGGGCUCCGGCACAUCAACCUUCAGGGAAACCACAUCGGAGAGUCUGGGGCCAGAAUGAUCUCAGAGGCCAUCAAGACCAACGCCCCAGCAUGCACUGUGGAGAUGUGA